CGCUCUCUUGCGGACCGCCGUAAGAUGUCAGGAAUUCUCCGAUGGAUGAAGCUCCGAGAGGCCACCGCAGGCGCUACCAGAAGUACGGCCAGUGCAGUAGCCGCUGAUUUUGUAAGCAACUCCUUAUCCUCGCAUCGUUCCCCAAUUUGCACACGAAGUAACGGCGGUCUUGAAGUCCCCGCCGCUGGAAACCGUCGGCGCGAUGCACCGGGGCUUCUCCUCCGACAAGAGCGGCACAAGUGGUACUUCGGAGGAUCGGACGACUUUCAGACCCGCCGAAUACGCGCCGAGGCCAACUGCCCGCGCUGCCUCGGCUAUAUGGAGCUUCUGUUCUCCAACCGUUCCCCGCCAUCCAUCGCUGGCGCCGGGGACCGCGGUGGAUACCAAGCCGUUAAGCUCUGCCCUAACUGCCGGACUGCCUUCUACUUCCGCCCUAACAAGAUCGUUCCGCUCCAGGGCACCUUUGUCGAGAUUGGCCGGCUGAAAGAAAGGGAUGGCGGAGGGAUUGGAGAGGAGGAGGAAGAUCGUUUUUCAUUCUGGGAUGCGCUGAGGACUUCGUACGUUGGUGGGGAUCCGCCUGAGGAUUGGCCGCCGCAGAGUAAAGGACUGUCGAUGCAGGUCCCGCCAGAACCUCCGUUCCCACCAAAUUUGAACGUGGUGAGGGUGGCAAGCAUCAGCGGGGGAGGUAGUGGAGGAGCGGCCGGGGAUGGAGGAGGUGGAUUUAAGGAUGGUUGGGGCGGUUCAAAUUUGGGAAAGGAUUUGCCAACGCCCAAAGAGAUUUGCAAAGGGCUUGAUAAAUUUGUGAUUGGUCAGGAAAGAGCUAAAAAGGUACUAUCUGUUGCUGUUUACAAUCACUACAAAAGAAUACACUUUACAGCAUUGCCGAAAGGGUCUGGAGGAAAUUCCGGAAGUUGUGAUAGAGAAACUGUUGAUGAUGAUAAUGAUAAUGUGGAACUUGAGAAGAGCAAUGUACUCUUGAUGGGUCCUACUGGCUCAGGGAAGACAUUACUUGCAAAAACAUUGGCACGGUUUGUGAAUGUACCUUUUGUCAUUGCAGAUGCAACAACUUUGACUCAGGCAGGCUAUGUUGGGGAGGAUGUUGAGUCAAUAUUGUACAAGUUACUUGCGGUUGCUGACUUCAACGUGCAAGCUGCACAGCAGGGUAUUGUGUACAUAGACGAAGUUGAUAAAAUUACUAAGAAGGCUGAGAGUCUAAAUAUUAGUAGAGAUGUAUCCGGUGAAGGCGUGCAGCAAGCAUUACUGAAAAUGCUUGAAGGAACUAUAGUAAAUGUUCCUGAGAAGGGAGCACGCAAACAUCCCCGUGGUGACAAUAUACAGAUUGACACAAAAGAUAUUCUUUUUAUAUGUGGCGGAGCUUUUAUUGAUCUAGAAAAGACUAUAUCAGAGAGACGGCAAGAUUCUUCCAUAGGCUUUGGAGCACCAGUUCGUGCAAAUAUGAGAACCGGUAGAAUAUCUAACGCUAUUGUGACAUCAGCCUUGUUAGAAUCGGUUGAAAGCAGCGAUCUUAUUGCAUAUGGCCUUAUUCCUGAAUUUGUUGGACGCUUUCCAAUAUUGGUUAGCUUGUCGGCUCUAAAUGAGGACCAACUUGUUCAGGUCUUGACAGAACCCAAGAAUGCUCUUGGCAAACAAUACAAAAAAAUGUUUGGCAUGAACACUGUUAAAUUGCAUUUUACAGAAACAGCACUUAGGCUAAUUGCAAAAAAGGCAAUGUCCAAAAAUACUGGUGCAAGAGGUCUAAGAAGUAUCAUGGAGAAUAUUCUCACGGAAGCAAUGUAUGAGAUUCCAGAUAAAAAGACCGGGGAUGAGCGAAUAGACGCUGUUGUGGUCGAUGAGGAUGCCGUUGGCUCCAUUGAAAGCGCAGGUUGCGGUGCUAAAAUUCUUCGAGGGGACGGCGCCUUGAAUCGUUAUCUUUCUGAGAAUAAGGCUUCAGAUGUUUCAGAAGGAGAUGGUGAGGGGGAGACACAAAUCUCUUCUAGGGCCAUGAGCAUGUAAUUUACAUCAGUUCUCUAUAGAUUGUAUAAAUCUCUGUUGAUUGGAAUUGGUGUAAUUAUUUAUCUGUGCACAAUCCUUUUUAUUUUAUUAAAGGAGUAAUCCUCAGCCAAAUUCACAUCUAAAGCUCUUAUGGUGUUUA